UCCUUGGCUGUGACUGAGAGCGGGUGUGUGUUGUCUCUCUCCAGCACCUCAGACAUAGAAGAAAACAUGUCUAGUGUCUUAUUAUAGGUUGAAGAUGGCGUUAGCGAGAUGCGUGUGGGUGCUAGCGUUCACCUGGUGCCUCGGUGUGUGCUCGGCCAGCGACGGUUAUGUAGGCAAGAAGAUUGGAGAGAUGAACAGCUACCACCACCAGGUGGGCGGUGACGUGUACGCGGUGGACGAGACGACUCUGCUUAUCAAGAACUUUAUGUACGAUGGUAACGGCGGAGACACCUUCUUCUGGGCAGGGUCACGCCCCCGCCCAGGACCCCAGGGCUUCAUUGUGCCAAACGAGCUAGGCAGGACCAACGUUCUCGACCGGUAUCUCAACAAGGACAUCACACUGACCCUUCCUGACCAGAAAACCAUCACGGAAAUAAAAUGGUUGGCUAUUUAUGACCUCAGCAGACUGGAACCCUUCGGCGACAUCUAUAUCCCUGAGGGGUUCGAACCGCCGCAGAAGAUCGUGCUCAACAAGCUUUCAUCCAAGACCAAGGAGGUGCAGAGUGGCGGCGUGGUGAUUGCCGACUCCAAGACCAUCGUGAUUGAAGACUUCUCGUACAAUGGUCGCGGCACUGAUGUCCAUUUCUGGGUGGGUGUUGGGCCGCAGCCACACUCCAAGGGGAACAAAAUCCCGGAUGAACAUGGAUACAUGACACCGCUUCAGAAGUACAGGAAAAAGACCAUCACCUUAGAGCUGCCGGGAGAUCUCACCGUCUUCACCGUGGACUGGCUGGCCAUCUAUGACAUCACCGAAGACAGAGUUCUCGGCUCCAUCAUCAUCCCGGAGGAGCUGAACGUGCCGCCCUCGCUCGUUGAAAUCAUACCUCACACCAACGCCAUGCCAAACUGCGAGCAACUCCACAGGGAUAUGAUGGUGUCCUGGGAUGUUUAUGCUGACCAGAUCACCGUGGAGCUCGCCGGACAAGUGGGUGAGGACGACUACAUGGCCUUCGGAAUGAGCGGGUCGCCGACUGAGCCUAAGAUGGAUGGCGGUGAUGUGGCGGUUGUUCACAUGGAUGGCUACCUGGGCAGCCUUCGGGACUACAACCUCUCCUCCUAUAUGCCGUGCACCAAGCUACUAGAACAACAUAAGGGCGUGUGUGAUGACGAGAAGGUGGACAACAAACAGGAUUACCAAGAGUUCAGCAGCAAGAGGGAAAAUGGACUCAACAUCUUUACCUUCAGACGACGACUGGGGACGCCUGACCCUGGAGACAUACCGUACCCUGACAAGGGGGAGGCCAUGAUCAUCUGGGCCAUGGGACAUCUGGACCAUAACCGCGAACCCACUAUGCACUACGCCUGGUCCAAGUACAAGCAGCCCAUCGAGUUCACAAGGAAGGCCACGGAGAGGAAAUGCUUCGCGUUCACCAGGGCUCGAGAGGAGAAGCCAAAGCUGAGAGGUUGGAAGCGCUUUCACCUCGCUGACCCCGCGGCGAAGGAGUUCAACGCCACGAUUGGUCCUGACGGGGGGCCGCGGGGCUACGAGUCUAUCACAGGACAGAAUGCGGAGAGCGGUCUGGCCUGGUACAUCAAUGGGUUCCUAUCGCCCGACCUGUACAUCAAGAGGAACACCAAGUACAGGUUCCUGGUGAUGGGUGGUUCGAAUCCCCACGACCCCAAGAGCUACCACCCGCUCAUCAUCACAGAUGAGCCUCACGGGGCCUACUCACAGCUCACGGAGGAGGAGCAGAAGGACGUACGAGUGCUGGCGGGCAUCGGGUAUUCAGUGAGGGGCAACUCGCGACCAACAGCAGCGGGCCGCCUGUGUCUGUGGGAACACCCGCCGGACUUGGACAGAAGGAAGGACGUGGAGUUCACGACCUUCGAGCACUUCAGGAACCUUCUGCACCAUGAGUGUGGCGAAGGCAAGCCAGCGGUCCUUGAAUUCACGCCCAACAAGUCGUGGCCGGACAUCGUCUACUACAACAGCUGGACCGCUCCGAACAUGGGCUGGCGGAUGCACAUUCUGGACGAGAUCAACACGGAGAAGAUCCUCGAGGCGGCCGCCAGCAGUAGUCCGGGUCUGCACGGGUCGCACUGGUCGUCGGUGUACACUAUGAUGCUGUGGGUGACGGGGGUGUGGCUGGUGCUGCUGGUGGUGUAGAUGUGUAAUUCACCGCGGCCUGAUCAUGUGUUGGACUCGUAAUCGCCAGCAGGUACCCGCCCGACAUGAGCAAGUGUACUGUAUCGUCGAUCUAUGGCUACUGUGGGUGUGAGCGUGUGGGUGUAAUUAGUAGAGAUAAGGAAGAAUAAAUGAAUGGAUGCAAUAGAGAGAGUGAGAGAGAAAUAUGUUAAGAGGAAGGACAUAUCUACAGAGGAAUAAUAAAGAGAAAGAGAAGCAUAGAAAUAGGUAUAUACAGAGAGAGAUGGAGAAGGUACCGAGGAUGGUGAAUGACAAUGAGCAACUGUAACGGUAUUUUUAGAUCGCCAAAACUCACCAUAAGAAGUAGAAAUAAAGAUAAAGGUAGUUAAGUUAUAUGUAGACAAGAAGAGAAAUGUUUAUUGGUAGUAUUUAGAAAGAAGAAACGAAAGAGAAAAGUUAAGUCAAAUAAACCCAUGAAUUAAACCCAAGUAUUAAGAAAAGAAGGAAGAUUAAGAGGAGGAGGAUUUAUAUGAACAGUAAGAAGAAUAGGAAGUCGUUAUGUAAAACUGGAAUGGUAGGGAAAGAAAAAAGAAAAGAAAGAAAGAAAGAAGUGAAGUCAAAUAAAAUAAACCAAUGAAUUAAACCCAAGUAUUAAGAAAAGAAGGAAGAUUAAGAGGAGGAGGAUUUAUAUGAACAGUAAGAAGAGUAGGAAGUCGUCAUAAAAAAACUGGAAUGGUAGGGAAAGAAAAAUGAAAAGAAAGAAAGAAGUGAAGUCAAAUAAAAUAAACCAAUGAACUAAACCCAAGUCAAGCUGGUAGGGAAAUAAAGAAGAAAAGAAAGACAGAAAGAAGUGAAGUCAAAUAAAAUAAACCAAUGAAUUAAACCCAAGUCAAGCAAGCCAAUAAGCAAGCCAAUAGGGGUUUAUACAAAGGUUUAUCCCCGGCCCUCUACUAGAGUUUACAUUGGCGUGUCUGUGUAUGCGUAUGUAUGAAGAAGCGUAUGUAAGUAUAUAGACAAUUAUGAUGAAAACGAUGACUGAGUGUUAAUAUUUGGCGCUAGAAUUCUAUCUCGUGCCCCAGUCUAUACUCGCACUUAUAGAUGAUGUGUGGAGGAGUCUAUUGUUUUUCCAUGCACACUUCCAUGACCUUGUUCGUGUACAUAGAAAUAAGUUAUGAGUGUUCAGUCGGCGUGAUGACGUGUAGUGAUGAGACCAUGUACAUUUGUUUACGUAAUAAAGUUUUAGUAUAU